CUUUCGUCAUUUGAUAGUUCGCACUUGUACCAGUAGGUUGGUACCGAUACCGUGCCUUUCGGAGGCCGAUACAAAUAAGUAUCGCUUAUUUUUACUAUCGGCAAUAAGAGUCAUGCGCAGCACCAUUUCCGAUCAAUAAUACUAACCGUUUACAAGACAUAUCAAAGAACUUCAAAUGUCAUUUAAGAAAAGGGGCGUUAUCGUGUAGUACACGUAUAUUUAUGUUGUAUCGUACGGACGGCUAUGCGACCAAGAAAUCCUAUAUAUUAAAACCUGAUUCUUCGAACGCAACGUUCUCGAAGUUCGUCCACCUCGGAGUUGGUUGUAGUCAAAGCAAUAAGGAGUGCCCUCUGUCAAGAUGAUAGGGGGGUUGUUUGUAUACAAUCACAAGGGUGAGGUGCUCAUCUCCAGAGUCUAUCGGGAUGACAUUGGUCGGAAUGCAGUGGACGCAUUUCGUGUCAAUGUUAUCCAUGCUAGGCAACAAGUACGCUCACCGGUUACAAACAUUGCAAGAACAUCCUUCUUUCACAUAAAACGUGCCAACAUCUGGUUGGCAGCUGUUACCAAACAGAAUGUUAAUGCAGCUAUGGUAUUCGAGUUCUUGUUGAAGAUCAUCGAUGUUAUGCAGUCGUACUUUGGCAAGAUCUCCGAAGAGAACAUUAAGAACAACUUUGUGCUGAUUUAUGAGCUGUUAGAUGAGAUCUUGGACUUUGGAUAUCCACAGAAUUGUGACACAGGAGUGCUAAAGACAUUCAUCACUCAACAAGGUGUCAAGUCAGGGACGAAGGAGGAGCAAGCACAAAUAACUUCUCAAGUAACUGGUCAGAUUGGGUGGAGAAGAGAGGGAAUUAAGUACAGGCGCAACGAGCUAUUCUUGGAUGUCCUGGAAUCUGUGAAUCUCCUAAUGAGCCCUCAGGGCCAAGUGCUUAGCGCGCAUGUUGCUGGGAAGGUUGUGAUGAAGUCUUAUCUCUCUGGAAUGCCAGAAUGCAAGUUUGGAAUCAAUGAUAAGAUUGUUAUGGAAGCUAAGGGUAUGAAGGGUGGAAGUGGUCUGGGAGGAGGUGGAGAUGACCCUGCAGGUAGCAGGUCUGGGAAACCUGUUGUUGUUAUCGAUGACUGCCAAUUCCAUCAAUGCGUAAAGCUUAGUAAAUUUGAGACAGAACAUGCCAUUAGUUUCAUUCCACCCGAUGGUGAAUUCGAGUUAAUGAGAUACCGUACAACUAAGGAUAUAUCAUUGCCAUUCCGUGUCAUUCCAUUGGUACGUGAGGUGGGACGCACAAAGAUGGAGGUGAAGGCAGUGCUGAAAUCGAAUUUUAAGCCGUCUCUGCUGGGUCAGAAGAUAGAAGUGCGUGUACCAACGCCUCUAAACACCGCGGGUGUGCAAUUGAUCUGUUUGAAAGGGAAGGCAAAGUACAAAGCGUCCGAGAACGCGAUUGUGUGGAAGAUCAAGCGAAUGCCUGGCAUGAAGGAGACCCAGUUGUCCGCGGAGAUCGAUCUGCUGGAAACCGACACGAAAAAGAAAUGGACACGGCCACCGAUAUCCAUGACAUUCGAGGUACCGUUCGCACCAUCUGGGUUCAAAGUACGCUACUUGAAAGUGUUCGAGUCCAAGUUGAAUUAUUCCGACCACGACGUUAUCAAGUGGGUGAGAUAUAUAGGCAAGAGCGGCCUGUACGAGACGCGAUGUUAAUGGCGUCCCAUCCCAAUCAAUUGUAAAUGAGUAAUCUCAAUGCAUAAAUACGACUUUUUUAAACAAAUAUUGUUUCUUUCCCGGCGCAUACAUCGAGCAGAACUCUGAAAUACUCAGAUCGAACGACUUUGAAAUGGGAGAUCGAGAUACCAAGAGGAAAAUAAAAAAAGAAAAAAGAAAGUCUUUCUGUGCCAAUAUUUUUUUGUCAAUCGAGUUUUUUUUGUAAGGUAUAUUUUUAGCGUGUACAUUCUAUUUAGGAGUAUUCUCUUUUUUUGUACAUUUUAUUCCAAUCGAAUUUUAGUAAGAAUUGUUUUGUUUCUUAUGGUAAUUAACGAAAGAUAAUUUCGUAGAUCGAUUUAGAUUUUAAUCCGAAGUGUGCACGUUGUCUAUAUAUGAGCAGUAUAUAUUUAAUAAUUAUGUAUCUCUAAGUUGAUAGCAUUGUUCAUUCCUUUUUACGAGACGUGAAAGAAACAUGGCUACCAAAAGCCUCUUUGGUAUCGAAGUAUAUAUAUAUACAUAUAAUAUAUCGAAAGAAUUGCUAGCAACGUUGAACAUCAGUGGUUAAUUGUAAAAUGCGCUGAAUAAUCAUUAGAUCAUUGAAACCGUUUGUUGUCAGCUAUGAAACCGAAUAGAGAAUACCUUGACUCAUUGUAAUGAAAGAAUUUUGUCUCUCUAUAUGAAGAUUCAUAUGCAUAAUAAAGUAUAUAUGUAAUUUAA